AUGUUUUCACUGCGCAUCCUAAGCGUUCUUUUCGUUGUUUCAGCUAGUUUUGCUAAUGAUUUAGAAAUUUAUUUUGACUUAAUCGAUCUAAAUCAUGACGGAAAAGCAACAAGUCAAGAACUUGCGAUAUUUUUGGAUCGUUUUUAUGAAGAAAAAUUUGAUCCUGACUUCUCACCUACGUCACCUCUACCUUCAGCAACGAAAGCGAUGCUUGAGAAAUUAAUUCAAAAUUACAAUCGAAAUGCAACACGUACUUAUCUUGUUAUCAAUGAUUUGAAACGCGUUUACUACGAAUUAUAUAGUUUACAAAAUCAAGUGCCUAGCUCUGAAUAUCAAGGUCUUGAUCCAGAGCAAAUUCAUUUAUCAUACACACAUAAUGUGCACAACCAAAUGUUUAUUUCAUUUGUUACACGAGAUCGACCGACCCCAAAUUUGAGACCGAUAAUUAAGUACGGUAGCGAGGGAUACAUUGCUUUUGGCAAUACAACAACUUAUAAUGUCGAUGGCUGGCACCAUUGGAUUCAUUAUAUCUUGAUUGAUAAUCUUCAACCGGGAACAAAAUACAAUUAUGCACUCGGAUUUAUAGAGUCAGACAAUAAAACAACUCCAUAUAUAUUUUCCAGUCCUGUCUGGGCAUUUAAAACAAUGCCGAUUCAGACGAAUGGACAGAGAGAAUUCGUCUAUAUUUACGGUGAUAUGGGUACAUUUAUGCCGAUGGGAAUUGAAGUAAUGAAAGCAAUUGUUAGUGAUUUCAUCAGCAAUACAGAUGAACAACCCGACUAUGUUGUACAUGUUGGCGAUAUUGCUUAUGGUGGCACAGGAGGUAAAAUUGAAAUUCAAGCCGUCUGGGAUUUGUUUAUGAAUCAGAUAGCUCCAAUUGCUAGUCAAAUACCAUAUAUGACGGCAACUGGCAAUCAUGAAAAAUAUUUCAAUUAUACAAGCUAUAAAACACGGUUUUUCAUGCCUUCAAAAGUAGAUCCAACACCUUUUGAAGUUGAUGAAAAUUUCUACUUCGCAUUGGAAACAAAUUUGGUUCAAUGGAUAUUUCUAUCGACUGAACACGACUACACAGAAGGUGCUUCACAGCGAAUAUUUCUUGAAAAUGCACUAGAACAGUAUCAACAAAAAUGGCAAUUUAAACAGCGUCCAUGGCUGAUUGUUGUCGGCCAUCGGCCUAUGUAUACAUCUGACAUAGGAGCCAAUGCAGGUGACUUGCAGGUAGACCUUGAGCCCUUAUUGGUUAAGUAUGGAGUCGAUCUUGCAAUUUGGGGUCACAUGCAUUGUUAUGAGCGAACAACGCCAGUAAAAUUCAAUAAUGUGACAGAUCGUGAACACUUUUCCGCUGAUGGAAAAUUAUACAAACAUAAUGCAACAGCAGCUAAUCUAACAAGUCCUAUUCAUUUGACUAUUGGUAUGGCCGGUGCUCUCAUCAAUGAAACAUGGUUUCCACAGCCUGAAUGGUCACAUAUAAGAUACGCAACGUUUGGUUUUGGCAAGCUUUACAUUUAUAAUGAAACUCAUCUUGAAUUCAAAACUAUUUUACUUGAUCCAACUGUUGUAGAUGAAGAGGAUCGCUUUAUGAUUGUUCGUGAAUUUUAA